AAGUAUUAUUUUCUCCUUACGGACAACAGUUGGAAUUCUUUUUAAAACUUUCUUUUUAACUCAAGAGAGGAAGUCAAAUUAAAGACGUUUGAUUUAGAGGCGUUGGGGAUAUUUUGAGCAGGUGGACGUUCCUUUUUGAAAUCAGGUCAUCGUCGACGAACAAGAGAAAAUGGCCAACUCGGGUUUACAGAUGUUGGGCUUCGUCCUGUCACUUCUGGGCCUAAUUGGCUUGAUAGUGGGCACCAUUCUGCCGCAGUGGAAGAUGUCGGCCUACGUCGGGGACAACAUUAUCACGGCGGUGGCCAUGUAUGAAGGCCUGUGGAUGUCCUGUGCCUUCCAGAGCACCGGCCAGAUCCAGUGUAAAGUCUACGACUCCAUCCUCCAGCUCAACAGCGCUUUGCAGGCGACACGUGCCCUCAUGAUUGUGAGCAUCAUCGUGACGCUGGCCGGCCUGGGCACCGCCUGCAUGGGGAUGAAGUGCACCAACUGCGGCGGGGACGACAAAACGCGCAAGUCUCGCAUCGCCAUGACAGGCGGCAUCAUCCUUCUGAUUGGAGGUACGGACUGUCACGCCAACGCAGACGUGUUCUUUAACGGCACUUUACAUAACAUUCCUUGCUUUCCUGCAGCGUUGUGCUCCAUCAUCGCCUGCUCUUGGUAUGCUCACGACAUCAUCCGAGCCUUCUACGACCCUUUCACCCCAGUCAAUACCAAGUACGAGUUUGGAUCCGCCAUCUUCAUCGCCUGGGCCGGAGCCUUCCUGGUUGUCAUUGGGGGCGGCAUGCUGGCAGCUUCUUGCCCCAGAGGCAAACCUGCACCAAAAUACCCCAUCUCCAGACCCCCCAGCAGCACCAAGGAAUACGUUUGAACAGGACACUUCCACCCACCCACACAGAGUCUAAAACUGUUCAUAUCUUUGUUAAAUUUGGAUUGAAGUUGCUCUAGGGCAACAUGAAAAUGUUACUGUCAUAUUUUAACCACACACCGCCCUGUCAGGACGUCCCGUCACAGCUUUAACCUGCCAAGCACUCAAGUUUUACAGAAGUCAAAACCUGUUUUAAAAAUAGUUUCCAUGUUACUGUGAAACAAGAGCUGCUUUAGAACGUAUAGUGGCUAAAAGGAAUGCACUGGAUGGAGAACAGAUGUGGCUGGCAACAUUCAAAACCUUUCCUAACACCUGAGAAACAACAUCACCUUCCUUCCACGUCUUUCUGCCUUUUUAUUUAUGUCAAUCAUUCCUACUGAACUAAUUGUGUGCCAGAGUGAGAUGAUGUAUAUUUCUGAUUUCUUUCAUUAAGAUGAUGCCAAUGUUGUUGCUGUCAGCCAUAACAGGACAUAUGUUGUGGGAAAUUGUUUAAAUGGCUUUUACUCCUGCACUCCCUUUUUAUGUAUGUUUUUUUAUCUGUGAUUUUAAGUUUUUGUUGUAUAUAAUUAAAGUGGAAAAACUAC